CAUUUGGUUGCAGACGCCAUAGGUUUCGGUCCUUUUAUACCACCAAACCCACAAGGGAAAGGAGAUCAUUGUAUGCUCUGAGACCGAAAGUUAUCGAAACACAAGAGAGAAUUGUAGUGAUCGGCCGAGCAACGGCAUAUGACGCCGCAGAGGCAGAUGAAGGACUCAGGGAUCAUCACGUACAGCGAGAGCAGCCCGAUGAAGGACGAGCACGGUGAUGAGAUGUCUCAUUCGUCUCUGGCGGCAUUCCGGGUGAAGGAAGAGGAGAUUGAGAGGAAGAAGAUGGAGAUCAGGGAGAAGGUCCACGCCCACCUGGGCCGGGUGGAGGAAGCGAGCAAGCGUUUGGCUGAGAUUCACGAUGAGCUCGAAGCUCUAACAGAUCCAAUGAGGAAGGAAGUUGCGAUGGUUCGCAAGAGGAUAGACACGGUCAAUCGUGAACUGAGGCCUCUGGGGCUGAGCUGCCAGAAGAAGGAGAAGGAAUACAAAGAAGCCUUGGAGGCAUUCAAUGAGAAGAACAGAGAGAAGACUCAGUUCGUUGCCAAGUUGAUGGAGCUGGUAAGCGAGAGCGAGAAACUGAGGAUGAAGAAGCUGGAAGAGCUCAGCAAAAACAUAGAAGCCUUAAAUUAGAAUCUUUCUGGAAAAAAAUAGAAGAAAGAAAAGGAAUCAUUAACUUUUUACAUGUUUGGUGUGAGGUUUUUAAUGUUACAUUCUGUAAUAUUUGUUUUCUGUCAGUUUGUGGCAUUGGCUUUAAUCAGAGGGUUAAUGUUAUAUAUACAUAAACAGUUGAAGACGAUGAAUGUUCUGUUGUGUGCUUUUUCUCUGUCAAUGAAGAAGCUCUUUUUCGUUCUAAUC